AACAUAUUUGAUAAAUAAUUUGUUAUUAUGUAGGGUAAAUAGAGGUGUUGUUGUGUUGUCUUUGAAUGAAGAAAGGGUGGGCUUUACUCAAAACCUUCCGCAGAAGCUUCCUCACUGUGCAGCGCCCAACUACUCCCUUCAUGGACCCAUCGGACCGUUACCGCUUCGAGCCGAACUUGCGAUGGAACCCUCAGGUCGAAGAAUACUUCAUCAAAGCAUACGGAGCUGACCAUUUCGCUCGCAUUUCCAAAUCCCUAACGCGUCCAUCUUGUUACUCAUGUAUUCGUGUGAAUACACUCAAGUCAACAAGUGAUGCUGUUAUUGAAAAGCUAUCAGAAAUUCUGCAGGAAACGGGGCAACAAAGUGCUAUUGAUGACAUGAACCAAAGUGAUGCCAAUGCUGGAUAUAUUAUGGGCCAGGAGCAUAAGUUUUUUGUUAAAGAAUCUAAUACUUCCCCAUGUGAUUCUAACCAGGCGGCUUUGGCUGUCUCUGAAAGUACACAAACUGGUCUUGUUUCAAAAUGUCAAUUACCUGGGCUAGACUAUGUUUUGUUUGUCAAAGGUUCAGGACCACACAAUAUCAGUUACCCUCAUGCACAAGACAAACCUCCAAAGGAGAUAAUUGUUAGCCGUAAAUGCGCUGAGGCUGUACUUCGCGGUGCUCAGGUAUAUGUUCCUGGUGUAUUGGCUUGCAGUGCUCACGUUGAGAAAGGGGAUGCAGUUGCAGUAUCAGUUGCUGUGGAGCAGCCUGGACAGGAUGGUGGAUGGGGCGUUGGUAUGACACGUGGAACUAUUCUACAGGGAUUGCAGACAGAUCCUUAUUUUUCUGAACGAAGUGGAUUAUAUAUUGGCCAAGGAACGACCAUGAUGUCAAGAGCUGGGAUGUUUCGCGUUUUACAAGGAAUUGCUGUGGAUAUGAAUAACAGAGUAUUUGAACUUCCUUCCUUUCAUGAUGUUCUGGAGGGGGAAAUAUUUCUGCAAAAUCUGCCAAGCAUUAUCACCGCACAUGCCCUUGAUCCUCAACAGGGAGACAGGAUAUUGGAUAUGUGUGCGGCUCCUGGAGGGAAAACAACUGCAAUUGCUAUCCUUAUGAAGGACAAAGGAGAGGUUGUUGCAGUUGAUAGAUCUCACAAUAAGGUUCUUGAUAUCCAGAAAUUGGCUGCUGAAAUGGGAUUGAAUUGUAUAACCACCUACAAAUUAGAUGCUCUUAAAGCUGUUCAUAAAAGAAAUGAAUCCAGUGACAUGCACACUUCGUCAUUUGUUGCCCCAGAACCGCCAAACAUUGAUUUCACCAGAAAUGAAAACUUUACCAAUGGACAAGCAACUCAAAUGACUUACACUAGCAAGGCUGAACUCCGGAAGAGUAUCUCGACACAGAGAAAUGGGGUUGGAAGAAAUCAUGGCAUUGGUGGUAGGGUUGAAAAAUCAGAAGGUUUUUCUCCAAAUAGCUUCGAUCGAGUUCUUCUUGAUGCUCCUUGCUCUGCUCUGGGUUUGAGACCUCGACUAUUUGCUGGAGAGGACACAAUAGAGUCGUUGAAGAACGAUGCAAAGUAUCAAAGGAAAAUGUUUGACCAGGCUGUUCAGCUAGUUCGUCCUGGUGGAGUUUUAGUGUAUUCCACGUGUACAAUCAACCCAGGUGAGAAUGAAGCACUGGUCCGAUAUGCUUUGGAUGCAUAUAAGUUUCUUUCAUUGGCAGUACAGCACCCAAAAAUUGGAGGACCUGGUCUUGUUGGUGGUUGUGAACUGUCUAAUGGAUACAUUGAGGAAUGGUUAAGACCUGGUGAAGAAGAUCUUGUUCAGAGAUUUGAUCCGUCAUCUCCACUUGAUACAAUUGGAUUCUUCAUAGCCAAGUUUAAUGUUGGCCCAAAAGGUACCUGACUUUUCUUAGAAAAUAUGUGACUUUGGCAUGGGUACGAUUAAUUUUAGCCAAUGCAGCUCCUCUAGGGAAAUCAUUGUCCAAGAUUUUUUUUUUUAAUUUUAAAAAAAGGGGCCUCUAAGGUGUCAAUUUUUACUAGGAUUUGAGUGGAACAUCUUGUUAGAUGGUACAUGACAUGGAUUAUUCAGAAUAUUCUCUCAAUUCACACAUCACAAACGGGUAUGUAAAAUAUGGAAACCAAUUUUGUUGUACAAUUUGCAUCUCCAAGUGCGAUGCGUGCAUGAUGGUUAUAAAGAUCAUAACCUGUAUUUCUUAA